AUGCCCAUCGUCCUACACGGCCCUAAUCUCCCGGUUUACGACACACCUGACCGCAAGCCCCACGGUAACAUUAUCGGAGCAGGAAUAGCCGCAGGUAUCUCUUACGAUGUCUUUGAAAAGUCUCCCAAGGCCAAAAUUUUUGGAGGAGCCCUUUUUCCUCGCCCCAAACGUUGGGGUCCUUUGUUCGCCCAGAUGGGUAUCAUGGACGAGUACCUGGUCAAGUCGAAGCAGUGCUAG